UUUUGCCUUUUUAUCAAAUGUCGCGUCAACUUGACCCGGUCGCAGAGCUCGAGAGCUUAAAAACACAUGUUGAUCAUUCUGGAAAUCCUAGCUUCUCAACACUUGGACAGCGUCACCAAUCUGGUGAAGCUUCAAAGAGGUCGCCUUCUGGUUCACCAAGAAAGGAAAACGAAGGAGAACAUUCACACCACAAGAAAUCUCUGUUCUCUAAAAUGAAGGAUAAGGCGAAAAAACUGCAGCACAGCCUCAGCGCCAAGAAGAGACAUGAUGAAGAAGGUGAUGCAACCAUGUCACCCUUUAGCAGAUCCGAAGACCAUGAAGUUAGAGAAGGAGGUUAUGCAUCGCUUUCACCACGUGACAACUCGAAAGACCGUAAAAUCAGAGAAGAAGGAGGACUAGAAGAGGAACAAGAAGAAGAUCCUGAAUAUCUUGGAGCCCCAAUGUAUGAAUCAAAGAAGGCGCCUGAAGAGUUGAAGAAGACUGCGAGGCAGCAUCCGCGGGAAAAUCCUGUGAUCACUGAGACGAAUGUUUUGUCUGUUCUCCCAACCAAACACGGCGCUGAACAUGAACAAAAAGACUGUACUGGUUCCAACACAGAACGUCCUGUGUUCUCUGAGAAGAAUGUUUUGUCUGAUGUCAAACAAGAGAAGCCUGCUGACUCCGAAACAACAACAUUAACAAGAUCCGUGGAUGAGACGACAGGGAAAGAAUUCACAAGCCAGCAACCUAUUAGUCCAAGCAAGACCGUAACAGAAACCGUGACAGAGAAGCUAGCACCUGCUUAUGCCAAAGUCUCUGACGCAACUAACGCUAUAACUAAGAAGAUUCAAGAUAUGGCUUUUCCAGAAUCAACAGAGCCAGAAGAUGAGAUAAACGAUGUUUCAGAAAUAAACACUGCUGGAACUAACCAGCCAACUGGCUUCAAUACCAAGGUGUGGGACAAAGGCGUAUCAAUGAAGGAAUACAUAUCCCAGAAGUUUGAGCCUAGCGAAGACGAUAGAGAACUUUCUCGAGUAAUAUCUGAAGCUAUUAGUCCUCGUAAAGCUUCUUCUCAGGCUACAAGUUUUGGUGCAGCCACAACCAUGGCACCUGCUCCAAAUUCAGCAGACAACAAAGCUCCCCUUUUAGCCAACACGAAUGAAAUUGUUGAAGAAGAAAAUCAUGGGAAGAUACUUCAACCAAACUAAAGAACAGAUCAUAGGGUUUCUUUAAUAUGUGUAUUGUUUACAAACCCUCUAUGCAAGAAAGAGGCUAUCUAUUUCAAUCCUCUUUUCCCCCUAUUAGUAAUGUUAUCUUACCAAAUCCAAGAUUCAUAUUUAGCUGAAGUCUGUUGUAUACAUAAGAGAUUCAAGAUUCUAAUACAUCUUUUGUUUUUUCUUGUUCUUUACUUUACUCUAUGCU